CGCAUCAUGGCCUCCAUCAUGGUCAAAAGAGAAGAGCCUGAGGGGUCUAUGGGAGGCCCUGUGUUUCAUCCCCCGCUGUAUAGACAGAGAUACAGUGAGGUUAUCAACAUCUCUAGGAGAAUCAAAGCUAAGAAGGUCAUAGACAUGGGAUGUGCCGAGUGCAGACUGCUGCGAAUGCUCAAAAGAGAGCCGUACAUAGAGGAACUGGUGGGUGUGGACUAUGACGGUGUGCUACUGAGGAUGAGCGAACAUGUUGUGCAGCCCCUAACAACCGAUUACCUCAUGCCUAGAGACAAUCCUCUCCAGUUCACUCUCAUGCAAGGUUCAAUCGCAGAGCCGGAUGCAAGACUGACAAACUUUGACCUCUUCAGCUGUGUGGAAGUUAUAGAGCACCUGGAUCCUGAGGUGUUAGAGAGAGUUCCCCUGUGUGUGUUUGGGGUGCUACAGCCUCGUAUGGUUGUCAUAACUACACCUAACUCUGAGUACAACGUCCUGUUUCCCGGGUUCUCUGGGUUUAGACACUACGAUCACCGCUUUGAGUGGACACGGGAACAGUUCAGAACAUGGUGUCUGAGAAUUGUCAGUGACUACCCAAUGUACAGUGUAAAACUUAGUGGAGUGGGGGAUCCCCCUGAAGGCAGGGAGGAAGUGGGGCACUGCUCACAGAUGGCCCUGUUCACAAGGGAUGACAGUGAUAUUUGUGCGACUAACACUGUGGGAACUCCGUACAAUAUUGUAUGCUCAGUUGACCACCCUUACGUUCGACCAGUUACACCCAUUCAAAAACUGUGCUCCGAAGCCGAGUACUAUCUCAACUUUUUGCUCAAAUCACGACGAGACCAGUUGCUAAAUAUAGAUCAUUACUAUGAUAAUAAUCACCCCUCUGGCUAUGACCCCUCAGAUGGAACUGAGGACAAUGUGGAUAUUUCUGGUGAUACUCUACAAAUCAAGUUGACAGACUUACUCAGUUUUCCCAAGAUAAAAGCACUAUGCUCCUCUGGGGAAGAAAUUAGAGACGCUCUGACGCUCUCUAGUCUGGUGGAGCUAAACAGUGCAGGGGAGUGUGCAGUGUACCCAAUGGAGGAAGGCGAUUCAUCAGAUCUCAGUGAUGAUGAGUAUUGUUAGCUGUCACAAUUACAAUCAUCAAUCAUUUAUUAUCAUAUUUAUUGCACUACCAACCCCGGAGCUUGUGUACAUUACUUUGAGCAGCUUAUUGGUUCAACUUUUUGCACCUUUUAAUUAUUUUUCAUAUACAUAUAAUUAUUAUGUGUUUAAGGACAUUGUUUACCACAUGUCAUAGGCACACAAUGCUGUACCCAAAUUGGGUAGCUAAAGUAAGAGUGUAUAAUCUAGCUAUAUCACAUGAUUUCAUGUGUAGUACCAUUAUAGCCAGUCAGUGUACGUACUAGCUGUUGAGUCACUUAUGUUAGACUAGCAAAAGUGGUAGCAUUAUAGAGAACUAUGACUCAUAAUUUGAGCAAUGCUAAUAAUAACUGCUCCAUCGAUCAGUUUGAUGAGUCUCAGUUUAAAAUUGUUGCUGGAGUUCGAGCCUUCACUGGUCUACUAUCCCUCAUUUGUGCAGUAUGUGUUAUUUUCAUCCAUAUCGCUCACAAGAAGUACAAGUUCUUUCAUCAGAAGCUAAUUCUCUAUCUAGCUAUCACAGUCAUUCUACGAAGCAUCGCACAUCUACUUUGUCGUCUGGACUAUUUGGAUGGACGCGACCUAAUAGAUGAAGUUCAUUGCAUCUAUAUCGGUGGUUUCUUGGACUUGUACACAUCUUGGACACAGCUCAUUGCACUGGUUUGCAUUGUAGCAAACAUUUUUAGCAACGUCUUCCUAGGACUGGAUAUCUCUAAGGUGAAAUUGUUGCCUCUACUGUUUAUCUUAUUAUUGCCUCUCCUCUGGUGUUGGAUACCUUACACUCUCGAAGCAUUCGGCAUCGAGGGACCAUGGUGUGGUAUUCGUAUACACACUGAAGAAUGUAAGUUCUUUCUCCUUGGAAAUUGGUUGAGAUUUGGACUGUGGGAGAUACCAAUAUUCGUUCUUUUUUUACUAGGAUUUCUCAUUACAAUUGUUGCUGUGGCGGUCAAGAUGCAGAAGGCACAAAAGGAAUGGGUGGGACAUCGAUACGAUGCCAAGAAACAAGAAGCAAAACAAAAAGUGUUGAAAUCGAUCUACCCUCUCAUUUGCUACCCCUUCAUUUUCCUUCUUUUGAAUGUUCCACAUUUAGUUGGAAACCUACACCAGUCGUUCGAAAGCAAAACGAAUGUACUUCCAAUAUGGGUCUUAGAUGCAAUUUUCACUCCAUUAGCCGGAGGAGUGAUUGUCCUAGCGUAUACGUUUGACACUCGCACAAGACAAAAUCUAAAGAAAGGAAACUUGCGUCAAAUUUGCUUGGCCUGCUUCAAGAAUUGUCUGUCAAAGUACUCUUGUAAGGUGAAAGAAAAGACAGUGAAUGAUUAUCAUUGUGAGGCUGAGAACCGAUUUGGGGAUAGCUUGAGUGGAGAGUUUCUAAGGAACACCAUAUACGUUCGUCACCAAAUACAGAAUAGGCAAAUUGAAUCGACGACAAUGAAAUCGAAUCACCUCACUUUUGACAUAAUUUAGUUAGUAGAUCUAAUUAUGUUUUGUGUGCAUGAUCAAUUAUUGUGGCUCAUGUCUGUUGUCAUUCUGGGGAUUUCAAUGCA